GGGCGGGGGGAGGGCCAGGUGGGGGUGUCCGUCGCGGCGGGGGAGGGGCGGGCGGGGGAGGGGGAGAGUGGCACAAGUGCCCCGAGUGCGGGCGGGGCUUCGGCACCUCCCGGGCCCUCAAGGUUCACCGCAGUUACCACGUGGGCCGGAAACGCCCCCAGGGACACGCCCCGCCCCCUUCCUCUGCCAGCCACGCCCCCCGCGGAGGCCCCGCCCCUCUGUCGUCAGGCCCCUCCCCCUUCAAGUUCCACUACAUCUGCGCCGAGUGCGGGUUGGGCUUCGCCGCCCCGGGGGCCUUGGGGGCCCAUCGCUGCGAGCACGGACGGCGCCGGCGGCACCGCAGCCCCCCCGGGCCAUCCACCCCUCCCCCCGCCCCUCCCCCGCCGCGCCGAGCUGCCCCUCCCCCGCCCCCCAGCCCCCCCUCCCCCCCGACCCCUCCCCCGUUCCGCUGCACCGAGUGCGCCGGGGCCUUCGGGCUGGUGGCCGAGCUGCACGAGCACUACAUGCUGCACGCCAGGGGGGAGCUAUGAGGGGAGGGGCUUGGCCGCUCGGGACACGCCCACCCCACCUGGGACACGCCCAUCCGGGUGGGGACAUGCCCACCCCCUCUGUCCCAAAUUUGGCUGAGGGAGGAAGAGGAGGAAGGAGAGUUGGGUGAUGACAUCACUGGCUGGGUAAUGGAGGGGGAUGACCUCAUCCAGGAUGUGAUUGGAGGGGGUUCUGACGUCAUCAGAGAG